AUCAGUACUCACUACUACUCUUAUCAUGGUGUGCUGGGAGAUCAAUAUUCAAUACUACUCUCAUCAUGGUGUGCUACAUUGAGAACAAUAUAGCUAUACUAGGUUGCGAUAUUCUCAUCGCUAAUGUUGCAAAUUAUGAACAACAUAUGUGGAAUACACUACCAAAACAAUUUAUCUGUGCUGCAUACAAAGUUCUUUGUUUUUUUUUUUUUGUUAAUUUUGUUCAUAAGGUUAUGGCACCUCUUUUGUGUUUCACAAAGCUAGCACCUCUUUUGUGUUUCACAAAGCUAUUGUAGAUAGGACUCUAACUUUAUUAUUCUUUUAAGGUAGUGCUCUUAGUACCAUGUUUCUAAGUUCUUUUUAUCAAAACUAUGUGAUUUGACUAAAAAAAUCUCUUGCUUUAGUAUUGGUUAUGACUAUCAAUGCAACAGGCUUUUUUUUCUGGAGGACAACUCUAGCAAGAAAUUCCUCCAACAUAGCAGGCAAUUCUCCAAUUUAGACGUCAUAUGUGAUAAUUCUACAAUUCAAUCAUCAUAUGUAAAUUUUUGACUUCUCUUAUAACAUACAGAUAUUUAACUAGUUUGUUUAAAAAUCUGGCAAAUUUUCUCAAAGAGACCCAGGUCCAAUCAGGCAGUGCUCUGUAUCCGGCAAGAUCAGAACUGUGGCCAUCAGCGCGAGGGCAAAGUGUUGAAGCCCAGCCCACUUCAAUAAUAUCGUACCCCACCCAACGGAGCAAAGCACAUCGGGUGGCUGAGCAAACAAGCAACGGCAAAGGGGACAGCGAGUCGGCGACCCGAGGCGGAGUGAGAUCGGGAUCGGCGGGCGAUGGCGGCACGGGAGCAGGACGGCGAGGGCAGGCGGGCGCACGCGACGCUGGUGGGCGUGCAGCUCGUCUACGCCGGGUACCACGUCAUCGCCAAGCAGGCGCUCAACGUCGGCGUCAACCGCGUCGUCUUCUGCGUCUUCCGGGACCUCCUCGCCCUCUCCGUCCUCGCCCCGCUCGCCUUCUUCCAACACCACGGCUCGCCCGCUCAGGCGCGGCCGCCGCCUCUCACCUGGCGCCUCGUCUGCUCCUUCUUCCUCCUCGGGUUCACAGGCGUCUUUGGUAACCAGCUGCUGUUCUUGCUUGGCCUCAGCUACACCAAUCCCACCUACGCGGCCGCCAUUCAGCCGUCCAUUCCCGUCUUCACCUUCAUCUUGGCCCUCAUCAUGGGGACUGAAACGGUGAGCUUGGUCUCAAACGAGGGCCGAGCCAAGAUUGGUGGUACAAUCGUCUGUGUGUUGGGUGCUGUUCUUAUGGUGCUGUACAGAGGGCCAGCGGUGUUUGGUAGCGGCGAGCUUGAGCUUGAUGUUCAUAGUCAUGGUUUCAUGGCUGAUAUGUCACAGCCUGAGCCAGCUGGAUCGCUAGUAUCUUUGUUCAUGGCGUUUGGGCUGCAAAAGUGGCACAUUGGAGUGCUGUGUUUGAUCGGAAAUUGUCUCUGUAUGGCUACUUAUCUUGCGUUGCAGGCUCCAAUUUUGGUGAAGUAUCCCUCGAGUCUGUCACUGACAGCAUACUCGUACUUUUUUGGAGCUGUUUUAAUGGUUAUUUCAGGAGUUUUUGCAACAAAUGAUAAUGGCGAUUGGAGUUUGACUCAAUCUGAGUUUGCUGCUGUUGUAUAUGCUGGAGUCAUGGCAUCUGCUCUUAAUUAUGUUUUAUUGACAUGGUCCAACAAAAUUCUGGGCCCUGCUAUGGUGGCACUUUAUAACCCUCUUCAGCCAGUGGUCUCUGCUCUAUUGUCUAUGGUUUUUCUGGGAAGCCCAAUUUACCUUGGAAGUAUUAUUGGAGGGCUUCUAAUCAUCUCUGGUUUAUACCUUGUCACCUGGGCACGGCAUAGAGAAAAGCUGACUGGCAUAGGAAUAUCUUAUGUAAAAUGUGCAUCAGAAUCUCGCGACGGUGCUUCUCAUGUCUUGAAGAGUGGAAACUUGGCCUCCGGGCCCUUUAUAUCUCUUGCUAGGCUGUGGAAUGUGCCACAUGAAUCUUGAGAAGUUGAUGAUCUGAGUCUGAGAUAUUAAACUUCUUUUAGGUACCUACCUCCCUUACUGAGAUUAUAGAUACAAGAAAACAUGCUUUAGAAAGAGUGAAAUCCUGCAGAGAAUAUUCUAGUGAAGAUAUGUAGUAUUAUCUUGUAAGAAUGUCGUGUGCCCUCCUAGGAGCAAUUAGGUUUAUGUGAGACUUACACCAAAUACAAAGUCAGCUUUACCGGCUAAGUGAAAGCAAAAGCAUAUCUCCUUUUAAAAUUUCUUCUACACACGCAUGAAAUUUGUAGCCAGCUCUGACAUAUGUUCCAAGUGAGGAAAAGUUAAUCUGUAUAUCAGUGAAGUGUCCACAAUAAUUCGUGUACGUGAAUGCUGGA